UCUCAAAUUGAAGGGCAGCAUGGCCUAGUGGAUAGAGCACUCAUUGUACCUGGAGUCAGGUAGAUCUGAGUUCAUAUCUUUCCUUAGACAUUUGUUGUAUGACCCUUGACAAUUCCCUGAACCUCUCUGUGUCUUAGUUUUCUCUGAAAAAUGAAUGAAGGGUGGGGAGGGAAGGAUCAGAUUCUGUCAUCUAAGAUCCUUUCUAGCUCUAAAUCUGUGACUCUGUGAAAUCCAGCCAUGGUCUUUCUUAGAUCGAGCCUCGGCUCACCGGUUGCCUGCUAGAUGUCUUCUCCAGGAUGUCCUAUAGUCAUCUCAAACUCAGCGCAUCCAGAACAUGAUUUUCUCCUUAGACCUGUCCCUUCUCCUAACUUCCCUAUUUCUGCCCUUUAGAGGCCAUGAGUGAGCUGAAGGACUGCCCACUGCAGUUCCAUGACUUCAAGUCAGUGGACCACCUGAAGGUAUGUCCCCGAUAUACAGCAGUGCUGGCCCGCUCAGAAGAUGAUGGCAUCGGCAUUGAGGAGCUUGAUACCCUGCAGCUGGAGCUGGAGAACCUGCUUUCCUCAGCCAGCCGACGUCUUCGGGUGCUGGAGGCUGAGACCCAGAUCCUGACUGACUGGCAGGAUAAGAAAGGUGACCGGCGAUUCCUGAAGCUGGGCCGGGACCAUGAACUGGGAGCCCCUGCAAAACAUGGCAAGCCCAAAAAACAGAAGCUGGAAGGAAAGGCAGGUCAUGGGCCCGGUCCUGGCCCUGGCCGGCCCAAGUCAAAGAACCUCCAGCCCAAGAUCCAGGAAUAUGAGUUCACAGAUGACCCCAUUGAUGUGCCAAGGAUUCCCAAGAAUGAUGCUCCUAACAGGUUCUGGGCUUCCGUGGAGCCAUACUGUGCUGACAUCACCAGUGAGGAAGUACGAACGCUGGAAGAGCUGCUGAAGCCCCCAGAAGAUGAGGCUGAGCAUUACAAGAUCCCACCCCUAGGGAAGCAUUAUUCCCAGCGCUGGGCCCAGGAGGAUUUACUGGAAGAACAGAAGGAUGGAGCUCGGGCAGCAGCUGUAGCUGACAAGAAGAAAGGCAUUAUGGGACCACUGACUGAACUGGACACUAAAGAUGUGGACGCAUUGCUUAAGAAAUCAGAGGCCCAGCAUGAGCAGCCUGAAGAUGGGUGUCCUUUUGGCCCCCUGACUCAACGACUCUUACAGGCUUUGGUGGAGGAAAACAUCAUCUCUCCUAUGGAAGAUUCCCCUAUCCCGGAUGUAUCUGGCAAGGAAUCCGGAGCUGAUGGUGCCAGUACUUCCCCUAGAAAUCAGAACAAGCCAUUCAGUGUUCCCCAUACCAAGUCUCUGGAGGGACGAAUAAAGGAGGAGCUGAUAGCCCAGGGCCUGCUGGAGUCUGAGGACAGGCCUGCUGAGGACUCCGAGGACGAGGUCCUUGCUGAGCUGCGGAAGCGGCAGGCUGAAUUGAAGGCACUCAGCGCCCACAACCGAACCAAGAAGCACGAUCUUCUGAGGUUGGCCAAAGAAGAAGUAAAUCGUCAGGAGCUGAGGCAGCGGGUACGCAUGGCAGACAAUGAGGUCAUGGAUGCCUUCCGGAAGAUUAUGGCUGCCCGGCAAAAGAAGAGGACUCCCACCAAGAAGGAAAAAGACCAGGCCUGGAAGACACUGAAGGAGCGGGAGAGCAUCCUUAAACUUCUGGAUGGAUAGCCAGGCUGGGCCUCUCGGCUCCUGCCCUGCCUUUCUGUUCUUCUCUUUCUCCCAAACCUUAAUGCUUAGAAGAAUGGGAAGACCCUGGUCCCUUCCUCUGGCAGAAUGGGUGGGAGCUGCUGGCUCUUUGCUGCCUCUCUUCACUGGACGUUUUAGACAGUGUGCAGCCAAGGAGCAGGAGGGGUCAGCGGACCAGAGCUGGCCCCAGGCUGUGCUUGGCUUCUGGUGAGAGAUCGGGGUCUUGGGAUAGGACUCCCUUCUACCCUGGGCCUGGCUCUUGUCCCUUCUUCCCUCUCUUUUCUUCCAAGGACUUUUGACCUGUUUUUCUGAGGUGUGAACUUUAGAGUAAACACCCUACUCUGGUUUUUAAGAACAUAACGCAAGUCCCAGUGUCAUCUCUUGGAGUGGAGAGAAGGAGGCAGAAUGGGAGGGAAGGGCUGAGAUGGGAGUCAUCUGUCACUCUGAGACUGAAAGGGGAAAUAAAAGGACAGCACGAAGA